AUGAGGUAUUUUCGGUUAUUUUGGACAUUUAUUGUGGGCGUCAAUGCUCUUGUUUUACCUUUGGAUUCCAACGAGUCAGGCAAGGUAGGGAAGAGUAUCAGGAGUGGUCUUGGCAGGCUGCGCCAUUUUUCAUCUGGCUUCAAGGACGAUUAUAGUUCAAAGCCAAUGGUUGAUUCUGAGGAGUUGCAAAAGGCAAUUACCAAACAGGAGUUGAAUUCUAGUGUUUGGGAUCUUUGGGAUGCCUCGAAUGCGUCCGUUGCUACAAUAGGGCAUAGGACGCGUGUAAUUGGCUCCCCUGGACAUAUUGGUACUCUUGAUUUUAUCUUGAAGGAAUUAUCAAAGUUGGAAGACUAUUAUAACGUUUCAGUCCAACAUUUUACAGCCUUUUCAGGUAAUAUCAAGUCGGCCAACUUAACGUUCAGUAAUGGAACGGAUAUUGAAGAUUCUCUGCCCAUGACAUUUUCCCCAUCCGUUGAAGGAUUUACAGGCAAGCUCGUUCAGGUGCCUAAUGCUGGAUGUGAGAACUCAGAUUAUAGCAAUUUAAAUUUGAGUUCAGAGUCGAUCGCCUUACUUGAAAGAGGAGCUUGCAGUUUUAUUGCAAAAAGCAAUUUGGCUGGAUCGCACGGAUUCAAAGCUAUGGUGGUCUAUGAUAACGUCGAAGCCGCUGAGCCGUUUCGUGGAUCUUUAAAUGAUCAGGGAAAUAACACUGUACCAGGUUUUGGUGUGACACGUACUCUUGGUCAUAUCUUACUCAGUGAAAUAUCCAAUGAUCCUGAUUUCUCAUUAUUCUUUAGUAUGGACUCCACUUUGGAGAUCACAAACACGACUAAUAUUAUCGCCGACACCAAGCACGGUGAUCCUAACAAUAUCGUUUCAUUGGGGGCUCACUCAGACUCUGUUCUAGCUGGCGCCGGAAUCAACGAUGAUGGAUCCGGAACGAUUUCGUUGUUGACUGUUGCUAAACAUUUACGCAACUACCAGGUCAAAAACAAAGUCCGUUUUGCUUGGUGGUCGGCCGAAGAAGAGGGCUUAAUUGGUUCUAAUUAUUAUGUUAGUCAAUUAACCCCUGAAGAGAAUCAGAAGAUAAGAUUAUUUAUGGACUACGACAUGAUGGCAUCGCCUAACUAUGAAUACCAAGUUUAUGACGCCAACAACUCUGCUAAUCCGGUCGGCUCUGAGGAGUUGAAGAACUUAUAUAUUGACUAUUAUGUGUCACAUGACUUACCUUAUGUUCUAAUUCCAUUCGAUGGCAGGUCUGAUUAUGUUGGUUUCAUCGAAAACGGAAUUCCAGGUGGAGGUGUCACCACUGGGGCUGAAAUGUUGAACGCUAAAAAUGGCAUAGCAUAUGAUGUGUGCUAUCACCAAUUAUGCGAUGACACUAAUAACUUAGCCUGGGAUGCGUUCAUGGUGAAUACCAGGUUGAUUGCUCAUUCUGUGGCCACCUAUGCCAAAUCGUUAGAUGGGUUUCCAGAAAUACAACAAGAUUCCACGGUAAUCAGCUCCUUUCACUCUUCUAAUAAGGCUCCGUUGUUUCAAUACAGGGGUAGUCAAUUGGUCUAUUAA